AUGUCGUUUUACUAUCCUACUUGAUAUUCAAACGAAAUAAAUGCAGUGUGAUAAACAUGGAGAUGUAUAUAUAUUUUCCUUUGGUCUAUUUUUCAUUUAUCCAAGAUUCCUGGUGUUACUUUAUUUCAAAGUCAACUGCACCAUGGACAGAAGAACACACUGAGUGUAAAAUGGCGACACCUACAAUACUGUAUGAGAGACUUAAACUUAAUGUAACUAUUGAUGCACCGAUUAUCUCGAAUCGUGACGUAUGGGUAGGAUACUACGAGUAUAUGGCCUUAUUCGAUUACAUUGGUUGUAUUAAAACUCAAAACGCUACAGCAACUAUACACCUUGGUAACUCAACACAAGGGCGAUGCUAUUCGGCAUGCUCAUACUCACGAUACAUUGGGCUACAGCAACGUAAGUGCUAUUGUUUUGACACGGAACCUGGCAAAAACAUCACCGAACAAGGAUGCAAUGAAACCUGUGACGACAUGUCUCAAACUGUGUGCGGCGGAAAGGACCAUAUAUCACUGUACAGAAUAAGUACUAACGAUACGGAUAUCAUUCCAAAAAGAGGAGAGCACAAAUGCCUUCAGAUAGAUUUAAGAGACGGAGCGAAAUAUAACUGGAGAGACUGUAGAAAUGAAAUGUGGGCUUCAUGUUUAUCAGGUUACUGUUUAUUUCCGCAACGUAUUAUAUUUUACAGGUUCAUGAAUUUUCCCCGUUAUGUUGAUAUUUUAUCACUACACUCAAGUCUGUUGCGGAUAAUUGCUUCAAUCCACCACUUGUCAUCACAGACUAGCACUGCAAACGUUUAAAUUUAACAUUCCAAUGUAGUUUUAUUCUAAUGGUAGCCUUUGCAAGUUUUGUACGUGUAAUACUUUUGUUCGUUUGACUGAGAUUUCCUAAUAUAAAAUACAAUGCUGAAAGACUUCAAAUGAGAUAGCCCGUCAGUAACCCAGGCCUCCUUUGACAAGAAGCUGUAGACCUUUUGCAAUGAUUAUUAGUGAGAUAAAGUAAAAGUACUUGCUUUAAUACUCGGCGUAAAUGUCAAAGGAGUCUUCAAUUGAUUUAAGGUUAUGCUGCACGUUCGGAUCAUUUUUUUUUACAAUGUAGAAUUUUAUUAAACCCUGAUUUUUUUCAGAACUAUAAAACUGUACUUAGAACAUCAGGUAAAUAAAAUUUGGUUGUGUACUUGAUUUCUUGCUAGAUUGAUUUUAAAAAAAAUACUUGGACCUAAAACAAGUCUUCAAAAUUGGAGUCUAUGGUAAAAACAUAAUUUUUUAUGACAUUUUCGCGAACAGAACUUUUUUUCGCAAGGUAGAUUGUAAUGAAACAUCUCACAGUUAAAAAACUACCAUAGGAUUUAUAAUAAACAAAAUUUCUGGCCCGUGUGCUUGUUUGUAAGAUAUUUGCCCAUUUCGAAUCGAUUUUAAGACAUUGUUUGAAAUUAUUUAACGUGUCAAACUUUUUAAUAUCACUUUUUAUCUCUAGAAAGCUAGUAACGUCGCAUUUUAACAAGUUUACUCACAGGUUUCCAUUAAAUCAUAAAAGUGGUUCAUGUAUAUAUGCCGAAUCAUUGUUUUCUUCAACGUUACCCGGAUAAAUGACGUUACACCAGAACAUCCUGUUUAUCAAACUUGCAGAAUACCUUAAAGUAGCUAACGGUAGGGACACUUGUAAGUCUUUACAGCUGUUUUUCAAAGUUGUCAUCAGCCCUUGUCUUUUGUUAACCGGAAGGCAGUUCUUAUGUAAUAUGGCUAGAGUAUCUAUGACAUGUGUUAAAUAAUAGUGACUUCAGGACGCGCAAUUAUGCUAUUGCAAUUAUGCAAAAACGCUAGUAUAAGCAAGCAAAACAAUAAAGCUAACAUUAAGAUAUGAACCUGUAUGAAACUGUCACCCUCUCCCCAAACCCCCACAAGUUAACUUUUAUCAACAUUGAAAAUAAAUACAACAGUGUCAUUCUGAAUACAAAAGCAAGGGAGACAGCAACGUUUGAUAUUUCGCAAAAACAGUUACAAAACAAAACAACCAGUAACUGCUCCAUCGAACAAGAGACACGGGAAAGCAGACUAGAGUUCGGAAUCUAUCCUUAUUACUGUAUAGAAGUGUUUGUAGUUUCAAUUAAUUCCAACACAUGAUUGCUGAGAUACCAAUUUACUUUUAGCGGUUUACCUAGACAAUGCCUUUACUGUGUGAAAAAGCACAAUAGUAGUAAUGCAAUGUAUUUACUGUAUGACAGAUCAUCAUAGUGAAGAAGUGUAUAAAGUUUGUUUCAGUGAAUACUGAAAUACUAUCUCAUGCAACAACUUAUCCAAACGUUAAUAAGUCGAAAAUUGGUCAUACCCUUGUGAACAAGCCAAAAAGAGUUAUGUAAUCUAUAUAUGCAUGUCAUGCCAUCACAGCGAACAAGUACCAUUUCCUAAAGCGGUUACUGAGAUAUAAGCUUACCUGCAAGAAACUUUUGGGAAACGGACGCCGACAAUGACUUGGGCGUCGGAAAGAAUGAGUGCAACUGCUAUACUUAUGUGCUCUGUUAUGCAGUGAUAAGUUUUUCUAUCAUCUUACCGCGAAGAGAGUUUCAUUACCUAGAAGCAGAAGCAGUGUACGUAAAGUUCCGACAGACAAACACCACGGUUCUAAUAUAAAGCACAACGAAUGAAACAGCGUCUCGGGAUCAUGGAGUUCUAGCCGGUCUGUACAUUUCUAUCAUGUCCCUAAUAUAGGCUUCAAAGGACUAAGAUUGUUUUAAUGGUAACAACAACGGGUGUAAAACGAUUAUGAAUAGAAUAAUGUGAGCCGCCUUUUUGAGAUAUAAUACAGUAUGUCCAAUCUGCUAUUUGGAACACCAACCGACAAAGCGUCACAG